CAGCGGAUGGUAUAUUAAUAAUGAAAUGGUGGAGGUGAAGAAUAGAUAGAUAAUAGACUAGUAGUAAUACUAAUAAUAAAGGAAAGCCGGCUCUGAAGCAACAAGCUCAAGCUCAGACAAAACAGAAGAGGUUGGAUAGUAAACAAUCAUUAAACCAGGUGUUAGUUAGGAUUAGAAAGACGGUUUUAUAGUUUUCAGGAACAAAUUCUGUGUGAGAAUUAAGGCAACAGCCGUUUGGGGGUUGGUUUCCGUCCUUCCCCGCCUAGUCAGUCCUUGCAUCUUUUGCGUUGGGGUUUUGACAUUUUGUCUUGAUCGGGUUUGGUUCGAUUAAACCAAACAACCAAACCGGUUACAGACUACAGAGGAUGAGAGGAGGCGGAAUAUUCAAGUCCUAUGGUUGGCUUUAUGCUGCUGUUGUGUCUCUCCUUGGUUGGUUGGUUGGGACUUGGUACCGCGGAUGAAGAGGCCUCACUUCCUUCUCUUUGGAGAUUCCAUCACGGAGCAAUCCUUCGGCCCGGCAGGAUGGGGCGCUGCUCUCGCCAACACCUAUUCACGCAAGGCUGAUGUACUUGUGAGAGGUUACGGUGGAUAUAACACAAGAUGGGCCUUGUUCUUGCUCAACAGCCUCUUUCCUCCGAAUUGUCUGACCCCACCUGCAGCUGCAACCAUUUUCUUUGGUGCAAAUGAUGCAGCCAUUUUGGGGAGAACAAGUGAGCGGCAACAUGUGCCUAUCAAUGAGUACAAGGUGAACCUGCUCAAAAUUGUUCAACAGAUGAAGAAUUGUUCAUCCGCCAUGUUGGUUGUCUUGAUCACUCCUCCCCCAGUUGAUGAGCAUGGGCGAAAAGAAUAUGCAAGAUCUUUAUAUGGUGAGAAGGCCAUGGAGCUUCCAGAGAGGACAAAUGAGAUAACCGGCAACUAUGCAAAGCAAUGCAUUGACCUGGCUAAAGAGCUGGAUCUCCCAUAUGUUGAUCUUUGGUCGCUAAUGCAAGAAACUGAAGGCUGGCAGAAAAAGUUCCUGACUGAUGGUUUGCACCUGACAGAGGAAGGCAAUGCAGUGGUUCACAAUGAAGUGGUGCGCGCAUUCAGUGAAGGUGGUCUUUCCACGGAGCAUAUGCAGUGUGAUUUUCCUCAUCACAUUCAUAUUGAUUGGCAUAUGCCUGAGAGAGCAUUCCAGAAGAAGUGAAGCUGCCUCUUUCAUUGAUGCUCUUAAUCUUUAUUGCCCGCCUCUUGCACGCUUGUCUUUUGAGAGGUGAACAUGCUACUGGCAGGUGAUUUUAUGGCCAUAAAAACUUUGUAUUCUAUGAAUAUACAGUGUUACAAUUGGAACAGUGUAUUCAACCUGUUAAGCAACUGCAUUAGGUACGCUUCCGAGUUGCUUCAUGUUA